AUGUCCGAAUAUACUAUCGAAGACGAUGUAUCCUCUAACGAUCCUAUUUGGAGAGAAUGGACUCAAAUGGUCGAAAAUGAAUACUGGCUGGCAGAUGAUAGAUCCGUCACUACAUUAACACCCUUCGAGCACACUACUCGUUGCGUAGCAGCCAAAGAUAAAGAUGGUGGUCUCAUAGGCAUAGUUAUUUGGAAUGAAUAUGAUAAUCUUGCAUGGUUAGGAUUCUAUAUUCUUAGAGAAAACUAUAGAGGUAAAGGUAUUGGAAGCGUUAUAUGGGACCGUGCAAUGCACAGAAUCAGGAAAACAGGAUAUAUCCUUGGUUUGAGAGGAGUACCUGCGAUGUCACAUAAGUAUCAAGCCCAUGACACACCUCACAAAAGAGACAUGAUGGGUAAUCAUAAAGGUAGAUGGGAUAGUUUUGUCAAAUUCGCCAAGAAACAUGCAAAGACGGAUUUGAAGCAAUGGGCUUCUAGUACAUUGAACGAAAACCAGCUUGAGAAAGUAUAUGCCUUUGAUUUGAAAGUAACCGGAAAAGAUAGAAAGGAUUUCCUCAAGAAGUUCCUGAGCUUACCUUUCACAUAUGCUAGCUUCAUCGAGAACGAAAAGAACGAAAUAAUAGCAAUGGCGUUCAUCACAACUACUGGACCACCAAAUGAACACUAUUUUAAGGUGGGUCCAAUAUAUGCCUCCACCGUGGCAGAAGCCAUGUCUGUGAGUCUACCAGUGUUCGAACAUGCAGGCCAGCAGUUUGAAGAUGCGAAAUUACUCGUCAACAUUGUGGAUAGUAUUGGAAGAGAUGAACUCGAACCAUUACUUGUCCAAGAGGAAGAUAUAAACUCCGACCCUGAUGCACAAACCAGCCUGUAUAGUAUUCCAAUGAAUGAAACCUUCCGCAGAGACUUGGUUUUUGCCCCAAACAAUAACUCGAUACACUAUGACGCCUAA